AAUCACCCGACCAUCAUGCAAAGGCUUCAACGUUGUCUUUUUUUAUACCGGUAGGGCGAGCCAAGUGAGGAAGAAUCAAGAAAUAACUUUCAAAAACAGCAGAUUUUUUUUAAAUUUUAGUGGAUAAACUUUCGUGAAUGAACAAUUUAGAAAGUUUGUACUGAAUAAGCUUUCGCGAAUGGCCAUUUUUGAAUGUUUUGCUGGAUAAUGCUGUGCGAAAAAGGCCAAAAAACGUGAAAUUCGCAAAAGUUCCUCUCGCAAAAGUUUCUCCGAAAAAAAGUACAUUGAUUUUUUUGAUUUUUUUUAAUGAGGCUUAAAAUGGAACUUAAUAUAGCUGUGACUUUGCUCUAAAAUUCAUGUCAAGUAAAAAUUAAACCCAGUAAAAAAAGUUGCAGGCACUUUGUGCUCCCUCUGGUGCUAGUAGAUUUAAAGGCUGCAAGAAGAUAUAAUUUUUCAAUGCUAUAUCAAUGGGUGCAACUGUUUUAUGUUUUCCUGGAUUUUGUAUUGCCUCAUACUUUUCUCAAAAAGAAAUAGAAGAAAGGUUCAGAAGAAAUUUUAGAUUUUAGAUAGACUUGAAGGCUCUAUAUAGUUAAAAUUUUAAAUAUAUAUUGUUGCAAAAAUUGAACUGCAUAGAGAUACUAGCCAGCCAGUCACAACCCUUUCCGUUAUACAUAAAAAUAAAAUGUUAUAGAUAAAAAGCCACCAAGGAGCCAAUGAGUUUGAAACACAAACAUCAUUUCAGCCCUGGCCCUGUCUCUUAUAGUCCCUAUCCAUAGUUUUGCCAUUCUUUUUUUUGGCAAUCUAAGUAUUUGUUGUUGGCUAAGUUAGGUGUGCUCAUUGGUCUGUUGGCUCAUUGGCUAUGUUGCCUCCUUGGUUAUAUUGGUGUGUUGGCUUGUUCGCCAAAUUUUGUUAAAACUACAACAGUAUUUUAAAGUUGCUCUAAAUAGGGUUGGUCGGUCAGUGAAUGGAAAAAAAAUAUCCAGUCAUUCAGGUGCACAAAUAAUACCAAUAUAUAUUUAUUAAUAACUUGUGCACCUUGUUUUAUGAAUCUUCCACGUACCAUUUUAAACUAGUUCUCAGGAUACUUGACACUCGUGAGCAAGUAAAGCAAAAUAAUAAUAAUGAGCAAAGACUGUGGGGAGACAACCAGUACAUAUAUAAAUUUUUUGUUCUAGUUCUUCUGACUCUCUAAUAGAUGUCAAAGUUGCAAUCAAAAGGUAGGGUCAGUCAGGUGGCAUUAACACCAAAUAUUUUUUAUGUCUGGCCUACCUUAAUGAAAUAAAUUUUAGUGAUUUUGCAAAUUUUCAUGCUUUUUAGAAAUGUUUUAAAUGCCCUUGUUGCUUUUCCCGAAAAUAAUGUUCUUGUGAAUUCAUUUUUUAAAACCAUUCUUUUCAUUUUUUAAAAGCAAAAUUUUGGUAUAGUAACUUAUCAAUUUUUGACACUGCUCGUACUUUGCUCAAAUAUCUUUCUUAAUAACAGAAAUAUUUUUUCUUUUAUUGAAGCAUUGUCUACUAAACUAUCCACAAUAUUAUAAAUACUAAACAGACGAACCGAAAUAAUACCUUUACCCAAAAUAUUUAAACUCUGCAUCCAGUUUAUGCAUAAAAUCCUCUUCUAGAGUCUCCUAAAUAUCCUAACUAAUAAAAAAUAAUAGUUGCAAAAUAAGUGGAAACCCCUUUUAAAAUAAUUAGCUUAUCAUGGUUAUUGUUAGUGGUAAUAUUUUUAAAGUGGUUAUUGUUGUUUUGUAAACAAAUGAUAUACCGCAAUGGCGUCAUCACGAACUCGACAUUCCAGUGCAUUAAGCAACCCACUUUCUGAAAGCAGUACUACUGGUUCUCUUCAUCCUGAAGAUGACAAUAACUGUUUGCUGCAAUCCACAGACACAUGUGGCUCACUAUGGUUGCAGUAUUCGCUGAUAGCACAGGAAUAUAGUGCAAAAAAUAAAUCUAACUCCUCGUGCUGUCAUGAUAGUCGCAUACGUCCAUGGCUGUUAAAGCUAACCUUCUUGAUUGUAGUAGGACUUGGCUUGUUUAUUUGUUCUCUCGAAAUGAAGUUUUCAACAUACGGUCCGAAAAGAUUAAGCCUCAACGGUGGAGAUCAACGAUUGCUGCCGGUCUCCACGUAUUUUAAUGGGGAACUUCGCGUGACAACUGCAAAAGUGGAAGACCUGCAAAGCUUGAAGCUACAUGUGUUUUCCGAGAUGCCAAAUGUCAAGAACGAGACCGUCUCUUAUAACAGUGGAGUCAGGUUUCACAUGAGUUCGUGGACGUAUCAAUAUUGGGGCUUGUAUUUAUUGGAAGGAACCAUUGUUAAAAUCUCCAUCUGUGCCGAUCUCCACUUGCAGUUCUAUAUUUUAAGAGGAGACAAAAAGUUGAAGCAAUGGACUCAAACAAUACUCUACAAUAACUAUGAUUAUCACACUAGUAUUCAUCCGCAGCCGUCGUGUGACCACGUCACUAAAUUUAAAUCGCAUUUGUUGACUGUGACCAAGUCGGAUGUUUACUACAUGUCGUUUUCGAGUUCAGUCGGUUGGCGUUUUAUCACGCAAGUGUCGGUGCUCAUGGAUUUUAAUCGCACCUAUUUUGAAUCGUCAAAACUUAAGUAUUCCUGCAUGUUGUCAAAUACGUCUUGUUACGCAAAGCUUCAAUAUGGGUCGAACGAGAUAACCAUGCUUGAAGCCGUCCAAACCACAAAUGCAUCGUCAAGUUGUUUUCAUGUGAUAGCGUUUCGUUACGAAAUGUCAUCGAGACGGUCUUUUUAUUUGCGUCUUUUCGGCAAUAUCUAUCUCAUCGCGGUUGUAGCGACUGUUCUUUAUACCAUAUGGAGACUUUGUGUGAGGGGUCGUAGCGGAACAGCCGAAGAAAAAGAAGCUCUUGUAACUCCUGUUAGACGCUAUGCACAUUCUUUAAAAAGUCCGCUUGGUGAAGAGGGCGCAGAUGGAAGGGCAUGGGUAGUCGUCACUCCUCUUUCCAGCGCCUCAACAGAGCAAUUGUACGAAGUUGCAGAGAGAGACAAUGUUUCUAUUUUGCGAAGUUUCGAGGAAGAGCAAGAACGUCGCACUAGUUUGUCGAAUAUAUCACGUGACUCAUUGUUUAUGAGAAACCGUAAUGAUUCGACUUUGAACGAUAUGUAUCGAGCAGUACAGUACCAGAACGAGCAGCAGUUGCUUGAUUCAUGCAUGACUUCUGCUGGUGUCAGCGCAAUAUGAUGAUUGAUUAAUAAAAUUUAGUUAAAAGGCUUACCUCCCCCCCAAACAAACAAGUUAGUUUAAUGGCAGUUUAACCAUGGAGGUAUCCAUGGUUUAACUAAUUAUGUAGAAUCAUGACAUCUUACAUUAAGAACUAAAAUUUUCGGCGGAGAAACUUUCGGACACAAUUUGUUAUUUUAACUGAAAAAUUUGCGGACAAGAUUUAUAAAGUAAAAAAUGUAUGGGUAAGUCUUUUGAACGAAUUUUAACCAAAUUUCAAAAGUAAUGAUUAGGUGAAAAGACACAAAAUAAAGGCUAGAAUCAUUUAUAGUGUACAUAUAUUCAAUCAAGAUCUAAAAAAGGGUCUUCAGGAUCGAACCCUCGGCUUCUUUUUUUAAGAAAAUGAGAAGAACCAAAAUUUCCUGACAAAAAAGCUUUUGGCAGUCACAAAUUUUAGACGGAAAAAUUUUCGGACAAAAAAAAUCCGAAAGUUUUUCCGUCCGAAAAUUUUCGUUCCUUAAGUUAGAUCCUGAAUAAAAUUGCUGGUAAAAUCGAUAAUCAUGAUAACUAAGUAUUAAUAUCCAUGUAAAUAUGUUCAAAUAUACUGGAAAGGUAAAAACAUGUUUACUAUACCAAUACUUUUAUAAACUUUAGAAUAUAGCACUUCAUUUACAUCAAAUACAUGAAAACCGAUCGAAACAAAUAAAAAGAUUCAUAGACAACUUUUCAAUCUCUGUCAUAUGAAAACAACUUGCCUUUUCACGGGAGGUAAGCUUUAAGUUUUGAAAUUUAAAAAAAGUGUUUCGAAAAGCAAUGUUUUUGCCAGAUUCCACGAUAAAGAUAUCGUUACCAAAGAACUUUUCGAAUGUAUCAUUGGUACAAAAAGUCCGCAUUAACGUUUUUUGCAAGUUUAUUUCCCAGAUUUCACGAGUAUUUUUAACGCGCGAAUGUUUUUUAAAUUUUUUCCAUUUAACGCGGAAAUUCAGCAUUUUUGUAAGUUUGUAAAUAGUAAAAAUAUAUUAUACAAAAUAAAAUUCUCUUAUACGCUUAUUUUUAUAAAAUAUCAAAGUUCUAACCUGCCUGAUCAUUAUUCUUAUAAUUCUUUUGUUUUAGAUAUUCGUUUAAAGCAUAUUUUCAGAAGCAUAUUUUUAUAAAAGAAAUUUUAUGUAAGAAAAUGGCUCCACGUAACAAGAGGUUUAAUAUUUUACAGGUUUUGCUUAAAUGGUGUGGGUUCUUUUAAUUAAGAAACUAUUAACGAAUGCUUUGAAGAUUGAGGAAUAGCUAUAUUUAAGAUGGUAUUUAACAUAAUAAAGUAUUUGCGAGACUAUUUAUUUUCGAAGGACAAAAAAUAUUUAUGCGCCUCGGGUGUGACAAAAGCACAUCAUCGUUUGCAAAGAUUUUUCGCGGAUACAUGUUUUUAUAAGCAAUAUUAUUAAAAUUUAACUUCAAACUCAAAAUUGUAGCAGUUUGUAGUAAUAAAGCUGAGAACAGGCGACAAAAGGGGAGAAAGCUUUGUAUUUUGCGAGUGAGGCGCGUUUAGAUAAAAACAGGAAAUAUACCGUACGUACGAAACAGGAAACCACCACAAUUUCUCUUAGGAACCAACAACGACCUACGAGUGUAGCGUUUGAAGAGAAUCUUAUGCGUUUUGAACAUAUUUGAGCAUAAAUUUCGAGCAAAAAAAAAUCCCUUGGGCAUUUUUUUUUUCUUAAGCUUUAAACAACUAGGGGAUGUUAAAAUUAAGAAGUCGUUGAUAUAUGAAGUCUACGGUUAUGUUUAAACCCACGGUCACUUCGAUUCGUUACGG